UUCCGACAUGCCUGUUUUAAAUUGUUUCAGGUUCUUGCAGCAUUAACUCACAGUCUGCAGUCUACACAAGGCUUUGAAGAAGAACCGGAAGUUGAUGAAUUUCCAGUCGAUCCUGAGAGUGAUGAUGCAGAAGCAUUACAAGCAUCAAAACUUGAAGCUGAAAAGCUAGAAAACUUUAAGAACCUUUUUAAAGACUGCAAAUUCUUCUUAUCAAGAGAAGUGCCAAGGGAGGUUAUUGUGUUUAUGAUCAGGUCAUUUGGUGGUGAAGCAUCAUGGGACAGUACAAUUGCUAUAGGAGCAACAUAUUCAGAGACAGAUGAAACAAUCACACAUCAAAUAAUUGACAGACCAGUGCAAGGUCAUAAAUAUUUAUCAAGGUAUUACGUACAACCACAAUGGAUAGCAGACAGUAUCAACCAAACAAAACUUUUGCCAGUAGAAGACUACUUCAUCGGGACUGUUCUUCCCCCUCACUUGUCACCAUUUGUACAAGAACAAGAAGGAGACUAUGUUCCCCCUGAACGCCAAGCAAUUCUUGAUGAGGAAAACCAAGACAAAACUGAAGAAAAUGAAUCACCAGAGAUGAAUAUAUCUAAAGAGGAAAAAGAAUUGGCCGUCGCAGCGAUGCCCAGGAAAGACCGACGAUUGUACGAGAAAAUAAUGCAUUCUAAGAAGAAGAAGAGAACAGAAGUUCGUAAACUUGAGAAGAAAAGAAGAGCAUACGACGAAGAGAAGAAAACRAAGAAGAUAAAAUCAUCGUAAAAUGAAAACUAGGGAAUUGUCACAAAAUGAGUUUCAAUCCAACCAUUUAAAUUUGUAUGUAACGCAAAGAGUAGAUGAUGGCAAAGUGAUAUAUGAGAUAUGAAAAAAGUGAAGACAAUCAUUUUAAAAUUAACAUUAAAAUGUUUGAAUAGAUUGA